UUAAAUCUACACGAGAUAAAUAAUUUGACACUAUUCACAAUAUUUUCAACACAAAACAACAAUUUCACCAUGCCUCUUGUCGUUCCCGGUAUCAACUCUACUUCUGGCGAUAACGCCGAGGAGUGGCAGAACAAGCUCGUCGGCAAGAAGCUCUCCGAGUCAGAGUCCAACGAGACGGUCUUUUGCAAGCGGGAUCUUCCCGAGGAGACGCGCAUCAUUGAGCCCGGCAUGAUGGUGACAAAGGACUUCAAGGAGAACCGGCUCAACGUUCACCUCAAGGACGACGGAACCGUGUCGCACGUUGUCAAGGGAUGA